AGUCGGUGCAGGAGGCGCCCCCUCCCUUUCUCUUCUACGGGGGCUCGGCGCAGGAGCUGGUGGAGAAGGACGUGGAGGAGCUGGAGAGCGAGGACGUGGCACGGAAGCGCGGCUUGCUGGCACCUGGCGUCUGGCAGGCGGAGAAUCCUGUGGCGGAGGUUCAGGCCUUCACGGGAGGCUUCGCAGCCGGGUGGCGUUUGGGCGAGCUGGCGGCGCUGGAGGCCGAGCGGGCCGAUGAGGACGCGCAGCUCGAGAGCAUCGCGCGGCUGGAGGACGCCUGGAAGCUAGUCAAGGCGCGCAACGUGGCGCUGGAGGAGCAGCUGGCAGGCAGGCGUCGGGCCAUAGCAGCCACCAUCUACGGCGAGCUCGGGACGGGCACUGCCGCGGCGGUUGCAGGCGACGCAAAACGUGACGACGCACGGGGAGGUCUAGGCGAGGGCACCGGGGAGGACGAGGGGAGGACGGCGAGCAGCACGACGUGCACUGCAGCUCCCCGCACGUCUUCCCGAGGCGCCGCAGUCGCGACCUACCUGGAGGAGUUCCCCUCGGCCCUGCUGCGCGGGGGCGGCGAGGGGGAGGUGCCCCAGGAGACGGAGGAGAAGGAGGGGAUCCUGGGGCACGAGGUGGCGGAGCUCGAGGCGCAGGGCGUCGAGGGCUUCGUGGCGCCUGAAGGCAACAGCACCGACGAGCCGAAGGAGCGGUGCCUGCUGACGGGCGAGGUGCUGCAGGGACCGAGGUGGACGCCGACGGACCUGCCGCCCGACCCUGGGGAGGGUCUCCUGUUCGGCGAUCCCGACGCGCGAGGUCGGAGGCGCCGUGCAGGCAAGAGCAAGAGUGCGGUGCCCUGAGGCCAGGUCGCGUCGCGGGCGCCUCGGGGCUCCGCCUGGCUCGGAGCUGGCGUGCUCGGCAAAUGCUGGGCUAGCAAGUGCUCAAGCCGCGGAUGCGGCGGUCGGGCCUCGUGGCGGGAAUCCGCUGGGGGCCUUGGGGAGAA